AGAGAGAGAGAAAGAGGAUGAGACAGCGGCAGAGUGUCCCGAAACAUGACCGGAAUGAGAGCUAGAGGACAUGAGUACAGCGCACCGCCUUCCACACAGAGACAGUAGGACAGAAGACGCGCUUUGAGCAGGGAUGAGUGGGUAUUUGUCCGAGGAGGUGCGUUCUUUCCCUGCAAGGAGAUCAUCACCGGCUACUCUGUCUGCAGUCUCACCCAAGAGACGCUUUGGUAAACUGGGAAGAAAGACCAGUGAUGGCUCUCAGCAGUCCGGGUCAUCGGCUGAGAGCACCGUCACCAGGCAGCCCUGUAAAAGCCGCCUCCGUAACCAUAGUAACCGCCUCUCCGGUGUCUUCCUGCGCGGUCCUUCGUCUUCCUCAGGGUCCAUGGCAUCCAACAUCAAGACGUCCCUGUCCAUCACAACCAGGAAGGCCAGCACUAUUUCUACGUGUACCAUCGCAGAGGACCCAUCCGAACUGUCCAAUCACGUCACGGCUCCGGGGGUCCUGAAGAUUUUUGGGAGCGAGAUUUGUCGAGGGGCACACUAUAAGAGCGUCCUGGCAACCACCCAAUCCAGCGCCAAAGAGCUGGUCAAAGAGGCGCUGGAACGUUACGGCCUGAGCAAAGAGGAGGCGGGGUCUUACGUCCUCUGCGAUGCCAUUGGCUCCAUCUGCGAGAACCAGUGGAAGACAGAAGCGUGCCGCGUUGUUGGCGAUAACGAGAAGCCCCUCCUCCUUCAGUCACUAUGGAAACCACGAGAGGGCCUGGCCAGACGAUUCGAAAUCCAGAAACGCAGCUCUGUGGAGGAGAGGGCGUUGCAAGAAAAAGACACAGUCACUGCAGGCAUCAACGCACAGGCGCGAAAGCUUCAGAAGAGCCGCUCCCGGGUGACCUCCACGCUGAUGGAGAGGUCGAGUGGCCGCGGUGCUCUGUGGAGGAGCAAGAGUUCUACUGACAUGUUAGACUCCCAGACCCAUCAAAGCCCCACUCACCAAAACCCGAGACACCAAAGCCAGACUUCACUGCAGAUCUACGAGCUCCCCACAACAGGAGAAGAACACAGCCACAGUGAAGCUGGCGACUCGGCGGGCAGAACAGAGGCCCUGUGUGAGCCUGGGGCCAGAGGCGAGCAAGGGGCCGCUGAGUGGGAGAGAGAGGAGACGGAGAGCAGCGGUGAUAGCAGCACACAGUACUCCAUUCACCCACCUCAGGACUGUCCUUACCUGCUGCUGCUCAGGGGACACAGCCACGCACAGGACUUUCUCAUCUAUCUCCUGGCCAGUCCGAACGUCACAGUCGGUCGAAUAUCUGACCCUAACCAGGAACCAAAAGUCGACAUUGUUCUUUCUGCUGACGACAUCCUUAUGACACACUGCAGCUUUCACCGGCAUCAAAAUGGCUGCCCGAUCACCCUGAGCCCGUGCCCAAUCGCCGUGGUGACGAGAAACGGGGAGCAGCUGAGUGCAGAGGUGACGCUCGGCUCUGGAGACGUCAUCGGCAUUGGACACAGAUACCUGUUCAUGUUUAAAGACCCCGCUAUUCCAAGUCAUCCGGAUUUCUUCACCGCUGAGCCCUGGCUGCUAACCCACAUGCCCACCUCUCCAGAUGAACUGAUUCUGUGCAGCACCUGCAUCUCCACGUUCCCGUGUCCGCCUCCGUGUUUGAAAACCCCACACGGACAUGACCUGACCAUAUGCUUUCCAACGCACUCUUUGGACACUGUUACCAAGGAGAUAGUAACCAUGGGACUACACGGCACAGACAGUACAGACAAACCACUGAUGACUUUAGCGUUUCUAAUCAGCACGUGUAUCCAGUAUUGUGCCACCAGCCUGCGGGCUUCACAGCUGCGCAGACUGCUACUACUGACCGCCAGUCAUCUACAGAGCCACGUGUGGGAGCUCACAAAGGACCUUGCUUCUGUCCAGUCUGAAGAUUUAGAUACAGAGGAGUCGAACCCUCUCGACCCGGAGGCAGUGAUCUCAGGCCUGCGCCCCCUGGUGGUGUGGAUGUCAAACAGCCUGGAGCUUAUGCACUUCAUCCAGUUCCAGUUGCCCGAGCUUCUGGAGUGGAGGAGCAGGAAGGAGCAAGGGCAUGCAGAGAGCACUCAACACAACCUGGUUCUCCAGAUCUAUCUGUCCUGUGUGCGAUCAGCCAUGGAGGAGACCAUAGCUGUUCUGGAGCAGGUGGUCAUGCUGGCGUUUCAACAGUGCGUGUAUUACAUUACUAAGGUGUUGUACCCUCUUCUGCCGGAUGUUCUGGACUGUAACCCAUUCAGGAGGAGUCCCGACACUCCUGACCCCACAGACGGCUCUCCGGUCCUGGGUAGUCCUCCUCUCCGUGCCCCUGAGGAGGUCCAGAAGGUGGUGGAGGUGCUCAACCAAACCUGGAGACUGCUCCAGACCUGUCAGCUGCACCCGGAGAUCUCAGCCCAGCUCGUCGGAUAUCUCUUCUACUUUAUCAACGCGUCCCUCUUCAACUCACUCAUGGAGAGAGGUUCGGAGGAGGGUUUCUACCAGUGGUCCCGUGGGGUGCACCUGAGGGCCAGUCUAGACCUGAUCCUGGACUGGGCUCAGGAGCGGGGCCUGGGAGAACUGGCCCUAGAGCAGACCAUAAAACUGUCAGGGGCCCUCAACCUGCUCGCCACCCCCCGCAAGACGCUACUCAAGACGUGUUGGUCCUCCCUGCGCUCCCUCUACCCCUCUCUGCAUCCCGCACAGCUGCACCACCUGCUGAGCCUUUACCGCCCCCUGUCCCACCCCCGGAGCACAUGGAGCCCCUCGGCCCCGGACCAGGACGCCGCUCUGGACACGCGUGACAUAUUGGAGAGUUUCGACACUCAGCACCCGUUGGUCCUGCCUGACGGGGGGUACCACUUCUACUUGGAGACCCCUGUGACUGAGAGCGGUCUGUGGGGGCAGCUGGAGGAGCUCAGCCUCUUCAUCUGUAACACGUGUGAGACCAGUGAGGAGCAGGCUCCUCCAAAAUCCCACCUCCAAACUACCAGCAGCACCCCUCCCCCUUCCCCCGCUUCCUCACCCGCUGCCAACUACAACUACAACUCCUGCGGCGCACAACGGCUGGCACAAAAACUACAACAUCUGGAGCUCCAAAACCAGCAACGGGACGAAGACCGAGACGCCACGACGCAAGCUGCUGCAGGCUCCUCCCCCAGUCUGCUGACCCCUCCUACUAGCCCCCGCUCACCUCGCGACGGUCACCACAUUGACCGUUCACAGCAGCUGAAGAACAACGAGACCGAUCUAUGGAUAUCUAAUGGAGAUAUACACAAAGAAGGUGUGUCAGUGUGUGAGGACCUCACUGAGCUCAAAACUGUGGUGGAGCUGCAGGAGGAAGAAGAGGAGGACCAUGAGAACAACAACCAGGAGGUGUUCAGUCUGGAGCUGCAGCGAGGAGAGCGGGGCAUCGGGCUGGCCCUGGUCGACACGUGGGACGCACCGGUGAAAACGAGUGGCCUCUUCAUCAGUGCGGUGCUUCCAGACUCCCCGGCUGCUCGCACUGAGAGGCUGGCCCCUGGAGACAGGAUCCUGGCCGUCAACGGAGUCAGUCUGCUGGGAGUGGACUACCAUGGUGGGAAGGAGCUGAUCCAAACAUCAGGUGAAAGGGUGAGGCUGCUGGUGGCCCGGGCUGAGCGGAGGACCAAAGCUUUGCACACUCAGAACUGAUGUAUGUGGAGAUAGGACAGGCAGCUGGGAG